CUUCCACGUGUCAUGUCUGGAACUCUCAUGAAGAUACUCUGCUCUUCGGAAUUCACUACUCGUUGAAAUUUGAAUGAAUUGAGUUUGCAACAAUAGGAGAGAGAAAGUUGUGGGUGUUGCCAUCACUCUUGAAAAUUUGUCCACUUUUAUUGAUUGAUAUUGUAAAUUUGCAACAAUAGGAGAGAGAAAGUUGUACUAAUUGUCAAAAAUUUUGAUGCUUUAUGAUUGGAAAUAUGCCCCAUUUGUGAAAUUAGCAGGCACUUCUCGGAACAAGCUUUUUGGUAUUCUUGCAAAUAUGAGUUUUGUUUUCCGUGGUAGCCGAGGGGAUAUUGAAAAUGAAUUUUCCGGAAUCAUUCCAGAAAGGCGUUCUGUUAGAAUUCACCCUGUUCGACCUGUCAAUACAAAUUCGUUGGCUUUUCUCGUGACUGUUCUCUUGUUGUUCACAAUAUUGAAUACUCAUCAGAUGUCAUCUAAUUUUCUGCUGUGGCUAGUACUUGGUGUGUUUUUGAUCGCAACAACUUUGAGGAUGUAUGCUACUUGUCAACAAUUGCAAGUUCAAGCUCAAGCUCAUGCCGCUGCAGCAGUUAAUGGCCUGUUUGGACAAUCCGACCUUCGUUUGCAGAUGCCUCCAUCCAUAGCUUUAGCAAGCAGAGGGAGACUACAGGGACUAAGGCUUCAACUUGCACUUUUGGAUCGAGAGUUUGAUGAUUUAGAUUAUGAAACAUUGAGAGCCUUGGAUGCUGACAAUGUUUCAAAUGUUCCUUCCAUGAGUGAAGAAGAGAUAAAUUCCUUACCUGUUCACAAGUACAAAGUAACAGGACCAGAGAGUGAUACUUUACAACCACCAGAGACCUCGGCAUCGUCAACAUCUGCUGAGAAUAAGCAAGAUGCUGAUAGUGCAAAACUUUCAGAAGAAGAUCUAACCUGUACUAUUUGCCUGGAGCAAGUGAAGAGAGGUGAACUCCUUCGCACCUUGCCAUGUUUACAUCAGUUCCAUGUCAAUUGCAUUGACCCCUGGCUGUGCCAACAGGGGACAUGCCCCGUUUGCAAACUAAAAGUGGGAUCUGAAAUGGGAGAUCAAGCCUUGGAUAGAACGGCUGUGAUUGCCGAUAUGGUCUAAAUCGAUUCUAUAUACUCCUGUAUACUAAUGAAAAACACGAACUAAAGAUUAUGCUUCAAAUUAAAUGUGCACUCCCCAGAACUGCUGAUGGUGGAACAACGUAGCAAUCAUGAAGCUAAAAACAGCAUGCUUCAUGCCUUAUUUACCGAUUUGAAGAAGUCUUC